AGAUAGGGGGAUGGAUUUGCUCCUUUGCUCAGACAGCAGACCGGCUGUCCCAAGCUGUCCUGUAUCAAGCCAGUCUGCCUGAAGAGCUUUACCAGUGUUGGCCACCUGCUUCUCCAGCCGAGGAUAGAGAGCAGGAUUAAAAAGCCAGCAAACAAACAACCCGACGCGUAACCCUUCGUAUCGUAACGUGAUCUUCGCGGUGUCACAACAGAGGAGCGGACAGACUGCGUGUCCGCUUGGUAACCCGUCGGUGGGUUUGUUGUCGUUACGGUGCAGGCGAGCAGGACAGCACUUCAUCUAAACCGGUCACUUGCAUGGAUGCACCAUGGCCACAUUUGUCUGCAGGGUUCAAUUUUUAGAUGACACCGAUCCGUUCAACAGCACAAACUUCCCCGAGCCGACGAGGCCCCCGUUGUACACCUUCAGGGAGGACAUCCCGCUCAUCAACCAGCUGGCCGGGGUCCACCGGCUACUCAAAGCCCCACACAAGCUCGAUGACUGCGCUCUGCAGCUGUCCCACAAUGGAACCUAUCUCGACCUGGAGUCCUCGCUGGCGGAGCAGAGGGAUGAGCUGGAAGGCUUUCAGCAGGACGACACAGGGGCCAGAGGAAAGAAGCACAGUAUUAUCUUACGGACUCAGCUGACCGUGCGCGUGCACGCUUGCAUCGAAAAGCUAUAUAACUCCAACGGACGCGACUUGAGAAGGGCGCUGUUCUCCCUGAAGCAGAUAUUUCAGGAUGACAAGGACCUGGUCCAUGAGUUUGUGAUGGCUGAGGGCCUCACCUGCCUCAUCAAGGUCGGGGCGGAGGCCGACCAGAACUACCAGAACUACAUACUGAGAGCAAUGGGCCAGAUUAUGCUGUAUGUGGACGGUAUGAACGGGGUUAUCGCCCACGCCGAGACUAUCCAGUGGCUCUACUCUCUCAUCGGCUCCAAGUUCCGGCUGGUGGUGAAGACGGCGCUGAAGCUGCUGCUGGUGUUCGUGGAGUACUCCGAGUCCAACACCCCGCUGCUCCUCCAGGCCGUCACCACCGUGUCCGGGGACCGAGGUUGUAAAGCGUGGGCCAGCACCAUGGAGAUCCUGGAUGAGAAGGACGGCGUGGACACAGAGCUGCUGGUCUACGCCAUGACCCUCAUCAACAAGACGCUGGCGGCGCUGCCCGACCAGGACUCGUUCUACGACAUGGUGGAUGCUCUGGAGGAGCAGGGCAUGGACACGGUGUCCCAGAGGCACCUGGGGCGGAGGGGCACCGACCUGGACCUGGUGGAGCAGCUCAACAUCUACGAGGCGACGCUGCGUCACGAGGACGGAGACGACGGCGGUCUGCCGCCGCCAACGGGACGCAAGGACCGGCGCCGGACCAGCAUCGAGGGCGGGGACAAGAAGUGUGGCCUGGAGAGGAGGCGGAGCCGCAGGGCCUCGCUGGGGAGGUCGGGCCAAGCCUCUCCUCUAAGCCCCGCCUCCCCGCAUCGAGCAGGCGGCCGUCCCUUCGGUGGAACGCGGGACGCGAGCGAGAGGGCUCUGUCAGGUGGCCUCCCAGCCAUAGAUGAGGUAUUUGAGGAGGAAGAGGAAAAGCCCGAGCAAGCGGCGGAGACCCCGGUGACGGAGUCAGAGUCUGACGGUGGUGAUGAUGAUGAUGAUGAUGAAGAAGCUGAGGAGGAAGCGGGCGCUGAUAGGCUCUCUAGUGUUACUGGCUCCAGCUCCUCUCCCAGCCUGGCUCGAACGUUCACCUCCCCCAUCAUCCGAACCACCCUGCAGUCCAUCACCGUGUCCUCCUGGAGGCAGGACAGGCACAAGGACAAGGACAAGGACAAGGAGCAGGAGGAGGAGGGGGAGAAAGAGAGGAGGAGCCGGCACACUCCCCCUGCUCUCCUCCCGGCACCUUCUCCCCUACCACCGCCGCCAACGCCGCCAUGUGUGGUCCAGUCUCGCUCUCCAGUCUCCGGCGGGCGUCAGGCUCCCGUCGUGACCCCCGACCCCUGCGUCCCGGCGCCCCAGCCCUCGCUCCUGGCCUCGCUGCUGGCCCGCAGGAGGACGGUGGUGACCGUCCCGGCCUCCAAGGAGGCCAGCCCUCCGCCGCGGGGCACCUCGCACCCCUCGCCCGACCGGCUGCCCUACCUGCCCCACUCGCCCUUCCACCUCUUCUCCUACGACCUGGACCAGGACUCACCGGCCCCGCAGCCCUCGCCCCCAGCCGGCCCCGUCUCAGGGCCGGGGCCCGCAGCGGGCCACACCACCAGAGCGGCUCAGAGCGGGGCCCCGGAGGAGGAGGCCACUGGGCCCACGUCUCCAAGGCCUGCUCUGGGGGGUCUGCUGUCUUCCUCCUACAGGCAGCAUCAGGAGUCGCUGGCGGCCGAGCGAGAGCGCCGCCGUGUGGAGAGAGAGGAGCGUCUGCUGCGGAUCGAGAGGGAGGAGAGGAACAAGCACAGUCGGGACUAUGUGGAUAAAAUGGAGGAGGCUCGCCAUGCACGGGAGGAGAGGUAUAAGAACGUGGAGCGUGUGGCCGCAGAGGAGUACGAGAGGGACCGCACGCGUGUGUCCAGGGCUCGCCCCGACCUGACCCCCGACCCCGCCUGCCAGUCCUGGCCCUCCUCGUCCCGGAGCAGUCCUUGCUCCUUCACCUCCCAGGAGGAGGAAGAGGAGGUGGAUCCCGAGAGCGAGACCCCCGACGACCCUUGCGGCAGCACAGGGGACGCAGACAACUCUAGCGUCGACACGGAGGAGAAGGAGACGGUGGCCAGCACAGGACAAGAGGAAGAGGAGGUGGAGGAAGAGGAGCAAAAGAAGGAGAAGGAGGAACGGGAAAAGGCGUCGGAAGAGAAAUCGCUUGGAGAGGAGAAGAGGGAGGAGGAGGAGGAGGAGGAGGGGGGAGGGAAGGAAGAAGAGAAGGAGAGAGGGGGGGAGGCGGCAGAGGAGGAGGACAGCGGUAUCCUGAGUGACAAGGAGCGUCAGAAUGAGGAGGUGAACGAGAAGGACAACUGCUCGGCCUCCAGUAUCUCCUCGGCCAGCAGCACCCUGGAGAGGGAGGAGCGGGAGGAGAGAGCCAACAGCAAGAAUGGGUGUAUCGAGGCGGAGGUGAGCGAGCCGUGCAGCAAGCUGCUCAACAGCAAGCUCUUCAUGCUGGACAUGCUGUACUCCCAGAGCAAGAAGCCCUCCGACGAAGAGGAGGGGGAGGAGGAGGAGGAGAAGCAGCAGGAGAAAGGGGGCGAGGCCGUCGCCGCGACGACAGACGCCGCCGAGCCGGGCGACACCCAGACGCCCCAGGAACCCGAAGGCCCCGAGCUUCGCGGGGGGACCGUGCGCGCCUUCGCCGAGCGCUUCGGGGACCUGGUCAAGGACCUGGGCUCGCCGGACCCCCACUCCUCCUCCUCCACCACGCCCGCUCCGGAGGAGCCCCCCCCACCGCCGCCGCCCCCCAAGAAGGAGUCGGAGACCAUCUGGGACCAGCUGCUGGCCAGCCCACGGGAGCUGCGCAUCGGCGACGACUUCGACUUCACCGACCUCACGGAGACGGACGACCGGGACGUCCUGGACGCCGGGCUGCGGCAGGGCUUCAGCGACCGGCCGCCGCCGCCGCCCCCGCUGCCCUCCCUGAUGCCCCCGCGCUUCCCCCCGCCGCCGCCCAUGCUGGGGAUGGCCGGCUGCCCCCCUCCCCCACCGCCCAUGAUGGGCAUGAUGAGGCCCCCCCCGCCCCCUGCCUUCAACACGCCCUCGGCCCCCCCCACCGAGCCCCCGCUCUUCAGCAAGAAGAAGAAGACCAUCCGCCUGUUCUGGAGCGAGGUGCGGCCGUCUGAGUACCAGUACCAGGACUACAGCCGCAGCGGAGACUCCCUCUGGUCCAAACUGGAGCCCGUCAAAGUGGACACGGCCAAACUGGAGCACCUGUUUGAGACCAAAUCCAAGGAGAUCGCCGUGACCAAGAAAACGGCGGCGGACGGCAAGCGGCAGGAGGUCAUAGUGCUGGACUCCAAGAGGAGCAACGCCAUCAACAUCGGCAUGACAGUACUGCCCCCCCCACGCACCAUCAAGACCGCCAUCGUCAACUUUGACGAGUACGCGCUCAACAAGGAGGGCAUAGAGAAAAUCCUGACCAUGAUCCCCACGGAGGAGGAGAAGCAGAGGAUCCAGGAGGCCCAGCUGGCCAACCCCGACGUGCCGCUGGGCUCGGCGGAGCAGUUCCUGCUCAGCCUGUCCUCCAUCAGCGAGCUGUCGGCGCGCCUGCAGCUCUGGGCCUUCAAGCUGGACUACGAGGCCACCGAGAAGGAAGUGGCAGAGCCCCUGCAGGACUUGAAGGAAGGGAUGGAGCAGCUGGAGAAGAACAAGACGCUGCGCCACAUCCUCUCCACGCUGCUCGCCAUCGGGAACUUCCUCAACGGAACCAACGCGAAGGGCUUUGAGCUGACCUACCUGGAGAAGGUUCCGGAGGUGAAGGACACGGUGCACAAGCAGUCCCUGCUGCACCACGUCUGCUCCGUGGUGGCCGAGAACUUCCCCCAGAGCUCCGACCUCUACUCCGAGAUCGGCGCCAUCACCCGCUCCGCCAAGGUGGACUUCGACCAGCUGCAGGAGACCCUGACCCAGAUGGAGCGCCGCUGCAAAGCCUCCUGGGACCACCUGAAGGUGAUCGCCAAGCACGAGAUGAAGGCCCAGCUCAAGCAGAAGAUGUCGGACUUCCUCAAGGACUGCGCCGAGCGCAUCAUCAUCCUGAAGAUCGUCCACCGCCGGAUCAUCAACAGGUUCCACGCCUUCCUGCUGUUCCUGGGCCACCCGGCCUACAGCGUGCGUGAGAUCAGCGUGCACCGCUUCAGCAAGAUCCUCAGCGAGUUCGCGCUGGAGUACCGGACCACGCGCGACCGCGUGCUGCAGCAGAAGCAGAAGCGCGCCGACCACCGCGAGCGCAACAAGACGCGCGGGAAGAUGAUCGUGGACGUCAACGCGCCGUCUGAUGAAGAAGAGGAGGGCGAGGGCGGUCGCUACGGCUCAGGCGGGCUGAGCAACAGCAGCAGCGCCCCUAGUGGCCACCUGGAGAGCGAGCAGCCCCAGGGCCUGGGCCACGCUGAGGACGCGGCCGAGCACGAGAGCAUGAAGGCGGUGCUGAGAGCCAGCCUGGGAGGAGGAGGAGGAGGAGGAGGAGCAGGAGGAGGAGGAGCAGGAGGAGAAGGGGAGCGAGAGGUCCCCUUGCUAGCAGGGCUACGGCGGACACGCUCACGCCCCGGUCGUGGAGGUCGCAUUGUGCAAGCGUGGACGCCGCCUGCCCCCGAGGACUCCCCGGCGUGCGGCGACGACGCGGCCGAUGAGAUCAUGGAGCGCAUCGUGAGGUCGGCCACCCAGGGGCCCGGCACCAGGACCCAGCCCCGCGAGAGGAGGAGGUCACGGGCCAACCGCAAGUCCCUGAGGCGCACCCUGAAGACAGGACUCACCCCAGAGGAGGCCCUGGCUUUGGGGCUGUGCGACUCCCCGGAACUGCAGUGACGUGACCUCCAGGCUGCAAGACAAGCCAGGCUCAGCCCGGACCUAACAUCUCUCGCACCGUCGCCUUCCCCCUCCCUCCGCUCCCCUGCCCUCCCCUGUUUUGGUUUGUUCCGUUUUUGUUGUGUUGUGCUCCGCUUAGCCAAUUGGCAACACCGUAGCUCCCCGCCGCUAGCGAAUCACGCGCUUGUUCAAGGUGUGUGACUGACAAGGCAACCAAUUGCAUUUUGCUACAGGGGUUGGUCCUCCUGGAAGGGAGUAAGGAACCACUUAGCACAGUGAAGAAGGGACGCAGUGUAAUUGAAAAGCACAAGGUUGUGUCUAAUGAUGGGAGACGGACUGAAAUACAAACACGUUUAAGCCCUGUUGAAUGGCGUCACAAAGAGAUGACAGCCGACACAAUGUAAACCUGCAACUCGGAUACUCGUCGCCGUUCAGUCUACUUAACGCUGUGAACUAAGGUCAUGAAGACUGGUAUUAUUAUGGGAUUGAUCCAGAAGAAACAGACACUUUACUAUCUAGUAGUUCUGACUGCCCCAGCUGGACGUCAACACCGACACAACACAGCAAUGCUUUUGCUAAGAACCUAUAGUGCGUGUUUAUGGGUGUGUCUGUUGCGCGUGUUUGUGUGUGUGUGGGCAAAAUGCAGCUUUUGUUUGGUCAUGCCAGGCAAUCUGGGGCAGAGGUUAGGACAGUGAGGUUUAGGUGGAAUCAAACUCACGUGUGCCUUUGAUUUCUAAAAGGACAACAGAAUACCUGUUUGACCACUCUCUCUCUCUCUCUCUCCCUCACUCCCUUUCUCUCUCUUACAUUUUCUCAGUCACUUUCUCACUGUGUUUUUAUAUCCGGCUACUUUUCAACGUCUCACAUGAACAUUUUAUGGUUUAGCUAAGUAAAUAUAUAGCUAUUCUAAAGGUUUUAUCCUUUUUUGUUUGUCCGAAGAUGAAGAUCCUUUUUAUUUUCUAAUUUAUUAUAAAUGAAAACGGAGAGUCACCAGGUUACCACAAGACGUGACAUCUUGCACCUUACGUUGCUUUUAAAGCGCAAGCUUUAUCUAAAUAAAUUAUACAGAUAGAAGGACUACAUUUUUAUCUCAGCGAAACUGUUUAUAAAGUGUAAAAAAAGAGAAGAAAAUAGAAAGAGUUUUAAAUUGUAAAAUAACGGUAUUUUGAAGGACAGAGAACGCCGUAUGUGUACAUGCCCUCCUCGGCUGCUUAGUACCACCGCGUACUGUUGUGUGCAUGUGUAGUGUUAUUUUGUAUGGUUUUGUAUUUACUUUUCUGUAGAAACUUGUAUAGCCUGACAGUGAAGGGUUCACUAAAUAACCUAAUCACGUGAAUUUAUAAUUUUGAGAAAAAGUGCGAACACACAAAACAAUAUAAACUACAAACAGACAGCACGGCCACAGCUGACAUGAAUUGUUUUGACCUUUUUGGUUUGGAGAGUUUAUAUGGACUUUAUGAAUGUGUGUUGUCGGUACGCUCAGCCAGCCUUGUGCCUGCUGUUGAAGUGACCUGUUAAAACUCCCACUCUGCUGCCAGAACAGAAAGGCAAACGGCAGUAUCACUUGAAGAAAUUUCACUUUUACAAAUGGGUAAGGUAAACGCGCAAGACCCAUGGUUACACACGCACACACACACACACACACACACACACACACACACACACACACACACACACACACACACACACACACACACA